AUGAGUGACGAAGAAAGCCAACAAAGUUCAUCGGAAGAAGAGACUGAGAAAGAAAAAAGGGAAAAGGAAGAAGAACGUCGACGCAGAGAGGAAGAGGUAGCUCAAGAAAGACAGCGUAAACUAGAGGAGAAGAAACGUAAAGAAGCUGAAGAAGCCUCGAAGAAACAACGUAAACCUGGUCAGAAGCGUAAAGGUUUAGGUGGUUUGUCGAAAGAGAAGAAACGACUGUUGAAACAACUGAUUAUGCAAAAAGCUGCUGAUGAAAUGAAAGCUGAGAUGAAACGCCGACAGGAAGAACGUGAGAACUUUUUACGUGGAAAAGUAGAGCCAUUGAAACUUGAUGGUCUUGGUGAAAACGAUUUAAAUGCUAAAGUGAAACAGUUGUACGAACGUGUUCGACAACUCGAAGGUGAUAAAUACGAUUGGGAAGAAAAGUUAAGACGUCAAGAUUUUGAGAUCAAUGAACUAACAAUCAAGGUUAAUGAUGUAAAAGGCAAAUUCGUUAAACCAGUUUUAAAGAAGGUAUCCAAAACUGAAAGUCAUAUGGCACGAUUUGAGAAGAAGGAAGGUGGACAUUCACUUUCUUCUUUCCGUAGUCAACUUAAGUCAACCGGUCAUAGUAAGUACGCUUUGGAGGAAAAAGAUGAAGUCGUGAAUACACCUAAAUAAUAGUUUACUCUAUCUUUUACCCAAACCAUCAAUAAUCAAUUAACAGUCAGUAUAUCGUUCAUAAAUAAACUUUUUUUAUUAUUAUUAUUAUCGUAAAACAACAAAGGACAAGACAAUAAAAUGAAUUAAUAUAUAGACAUUGAACUUAAUUUAUCAAGUGAACAAACAAGAAAUAAUACAGUAAGUUUAGUCAAAGAAAUUAUAUUAUUGCUAUCUGUCACACCAGAUGCUUAUCUUUUAUUGUAUUCAUUAUAAUCAUAUAGACUAUAAUUUAGUCCCUAUUUACAAUGAUUCUUUUCUUCACUUUUUUUUGGUGUUUUUUUUGUUUCUUACAUUAAUGCUUGCUCUUUUCUGUUUGCAAUAAAUUAACUUCAUAUGAAUGUGUAGAAAGAAGAUUGGCGUGAUCAAUUAAAAUCCAAAGAAUAAAUUCGAUAAUGUUUUAUUUGUCAACAAAGUAUAUACUGAAAAUGAUAUUCAUGUUAAAUAUCAAAAGAAUGUUUGUUUGUUUUUUCCAUACAGAGUAUUGUUCUAUUGACAAAAAUGUAGAUCAAUGAUUCGAUGUAUUUCUUUUUCAUUCCCUAUUUUCUUUUAUCUAUAUCUUUCUUUGUUAAAUUUCUACUCUCUUAUUUUGACUCUUUUUCUUUUAGGUGUAAUUGUAUAGUUGUCCCUAAGUUUUUAUUUGUUAGUUGGUUUGAAAUGAUAAUGAACAGAAAAGUAUACACCAUAGUGAUUAGUUUAUCUUGUUACUAUGACAUUAUAAAUGUCAUGAAACUCUUUAAAGUUGUCUAUUACAUUUUUUUCAUUUGUCUUCUCUUCUCUAUGAAUCUCUAUAUUAUCAUUCCUUAUUUCAUGUUGUAAUUUUUACAUGCUAUUUUUUGUUGCUACAUUUACAAGUAUGUCGUGGUGCUUUAUUUAGAUUUUAAUGAUUAUCUUCUAGUUUUGAUCUUUUCAAUUUAUUCACUCUCUAACUCAAUAUCGGAUCAUUGUAGAAAUGUGUGUAGAUCAUUAUUCGAAUAAAAACUUCAUUUCCCUUUACUUCUGUCAUGGUUAUUAUGUUCGUUGAAUAAUAUCAAUGUUAAAUUAUCAGUUUAUCCUAUCUUAACUUGGCAAAUUAAUACAAACCUGCUUAAGCACUAAAAAAAGUUUAAUUAGUUAUUACACCUCGAUCUAUAUUCUUCUGACUAUUGUUUUUCUCUCUAUCUAUAUGUGUGUGUAUCAGUUUUUUGUUUACUUCUCUCAUAAUACUUAUUUCAAAUACUGCGUUGCUACUUGAUGUUUAUUAUUUAAUUCCCUGUUAUGGAAGUCAGUCAAAUGAAAACUUGAAAUAAAAUACCCAAUACUUUCUUGUU